CCCAAGUUGAAAAACGGCAAGGGCACGGCUGGCGGCGACUGGGCGAUGGCGUCUUCCAUGUGCAUCGAGUGCGAGGACACCGAGGCCAGUCUUUCGUGCGUAGAAUGCGCUGACUUGUACUGCGAUCUGUGCUUCCAAGCACAGCACCGGUCGGGGAGUCGAAUGCGACACACGAAAACGAUGCUUGAAACAUCUCCUGCUGCGGCGGCGCUGAGUCCACCCAUCGAACUGCCGAUCGUCGACGUAGCGCCGAUUCAAGUGGAUGAAACCAUGGAAGACUUGUCGAUGGACGAAGCUACCCUCGCCCGGGAGACGCAGUUGAUCCUCCGCCGAGCCAAGGUCAUGCCGAUGCGACUAAGCGACAGCGAACGAGUGCUUUUCAACCUCCUCGACGCUGGACUCAACGUGUCCGAGUACACGGACAAAGUUGACAUUCUGUCGUAUCGAUCUCCCGUCAAGCGCAUCUUGACCGAGCUCACGGACUUGUUCAACAUCAUGUCAGGAAUGCUGGUAGCGAGCGACUUUCGCAACGGGAAGAAACGUAUUGCCGGACAGAAGUACCAUGGCAACGCUGAUUUUUUCAAGUCCGUGUUCGAGAUUGGCCGCCGAUACAAAAUCAUGAACCCAGAACGCAUGCGCAACAACUAUGGCAAGAUGAUCUACCUCCUGCAAGACGCGAGCAUGCAGGAGAUUGAAGAUCACUUUGAGUUUAGCUGCAUCGAGCCAACACACACUGUCCACUCGUUCUUGGAGGAUAGAGACGGCCUCGACCUGCUCCAGGACGCCGACGUCCCCGUGGCGACGAGGUCGCUGGCCGAUUCGUGCGGUGCCAGCCAGCGUGCGACCAAGACUGCCGCGAUCGAAGCUAUUGUGUCUCGCCAUGCGACCGACAAACUGACUGCCGACGACAUUCGCCGCGUGCUCAGCUCGAUCGAUGACAACAAUAGCUACCUCGCGCUCAAUUGCACUCCCAUCUCGCGCAUGCAAGCGUACUUGGAGCAGUACUUUCAAGCAUCUGCACCAUUCAGCCUCGAGAUCCGCGCCGGCAAGAACGGCGCCCGGUUGAGCCAUUCGCACAAAACGCAAUAUGCGUACGCGAUGCAGUCGCUCGCGCUAUGGAAAAACAUCACGCUCGAGAUGUUUCCGCUCUGGUUUGCAGUUGAAGAAGACUUAAUUCAUGGUGGCGGCUACCGCCUCCGGGACACCGGCCAAGGACUCAACCGCAUGCAGCGCGCCCCGCACACGUCCCAGCUCAUCCAUGCCAUCCUCGCGCAUACUCAGAAGACGUCCCCCAUGGGCUGGGUCGGGUCGUCUGCCAUUCACUUGGGCGACCACAACGUCCCAAACGCGCUCAUGUUUAUCGAUAAGUACACCCAAGUGUCGCGGAUCUUGAGCCCCAUCGUCCAGACGUGCGAGUUUGUGAGCCGCAUGCAGCACGACGCGUACAUUCAGGGUCUUGGUGGCGCCGAGUUUGUCCGGCAGUCGAUUCUGGCCGACUUUUUCAAGCACGCGUUCGACGGAAGCGGCGCCGACAACUUUUUCGACGCCGGCUCGUGCAUCGAUGGACGCCUCACAAGUGCGUGGAACUGGUGCUCCAAAAUCGAGAAGAAGCCGUUUUACCACGUGUUCCUCAUGGCCGGGUUCGUCGGGUUUGACGGAAGUUUUGAAAAGUAAGCGGGCUCAACGUGCUCGGCACGCGCACCCGCAUGGACGAUGCGAUGGGUAGGAGAAAGAUGCAGGCCGUGAGGACGUCAGGCAAGAGCGCUCAUCGUGUUAAGCACCCCUAUAAAUAGAAACAGUUGUGGACAAAGCCACGAUAAUCUGGAG